AUGACUUAUUCAGAACCUUCUCAUGGAAACAUAAUGGCAUUAUUAAUUCAUAACAUCUGGGAAUGGAUCUGCCAUCAAUUGAAUAGUGACGAAUCCUUUAUAGGUGAAAAAAUCUCAUUUUCAACUCUGAUGGUAUUUUAA